AUGUCUUCAAAGUGUGCGCGGAAAGCGAACCCAUACUUGGAUAUCGAGGCUAUCGUCGACAACGAGGAGGAGGAGAAGGAGGAAGAAGAAGAAGAGGAGGAGGAACUGACCGAGUUGCUCGCCGACGUCCAACGCACUCAACAAGCUCGGGCGCAUCUUGAUAAUGCAUGUGUCGGCGACGAUGCUGCUGAUGCAGAAGCCAUGGCCCGGUCUAUUACAGAGAGAGACAUGGCAGCUAGAUGUGCACAGCGGGCCUCACAGUCGGGUGGUGCAGUCAUCUCUCUUGCCCCCGAUGGAAUCCACCUUUAA